AAUCCGGAUUAAGUGACUCGUUUCAUAAACGGGGAAUGUAAGCCUGAGAGCUUCAUGGGGCUGCUUUUGCUCCUGGGGGUUGUUGCCCUUCUGUUGAAACCCUCCAAUGGCUCCUCCUCGCAUUCCCUGCGCUAUUUCUACACGGUGGUGUCAGAGGCCAGCCAGGAGCUGCCCCAGUACAUCGCUGUGGGUUACGUGGAUGACCAGCCCAUCACAUACUACGACAGCAAUUUAAGAAGGGAGCAGCCUCGAGUGCCCUGGAUGCAGAAGGUGGGGGACGAGUACUGGGACACAGAGACCAGCAUAGGGCGAGACAAUGAAAUAUUUUUCAGAGAGAGCCUGACUACCGCGAGGAAUCGCUACAACCAGACUGGAGGGUUUCACACCUUGCAGCGGAAGUAUGGCUGUGCACUGAAGGAAAACAAGAGCGGAGAAGGGUAUUUGCAGUAUGCCUACGACGGCCGGGACUUCCUCAGCUUCGACAAGGAGACCCUCACGUGGACGGCAAUCGAUGGCGUGGCCCAAAGAACCAAGAGGAAGUGGGAGGCGGAUUUGGAACAGAACAUCUAUGAUAAGGCCUACCUGGAGGAGACCUGCAUUGAGUGGCUGCGGAAAUACCUGGACUACGGGAAGGAGACUCUGCUGAGGACAGAGCGCCCCGUGGUGAAGGUGACGAGCCAGGCGGAGCAUGACGGCAUGGAGACCCUCGUCUGCCAGGCCCACGGCUUCUACCCCAAGGCCAUCGAGACCACCUGGAGGAAGGACGGGGAGGUCAUGGACCAUGCGACCUUCCGCAGGGACGUCGCCCCCAAUUCGGACGGGACCUACCACGCCUGGCUCAGCAUCAAGGUCGACCCCAAGGAUCGAGACCGCUACCGGUGCCAUGUGGGGCAUGACAGCCUGCUGGAGCCCCUGGACUUUGCCUGGGAGGAGACUGAUGCAUCCAACUUGGGGCUCAUUGUCGGGUGUGUUGUGGGGGCCACCGUUGCCCUGCUGGUAGCUGGGAUCGUUGGGAUCUAUUUCUACAAGAAACGUCAAGAUGGCUACAAAGCAGCAUCAACAAAAGACCAAAACUCCGACAGCUCCGGGAGCAACCCUGCCAUCUAGGAGCCCCAAAACAGCUUGACUCUGGAGGAGUCUCUCCUCCCGAUUGAAGAAGACACAGGAAGAGAGGAUCCAUCCAUGAACUGAAUUCUAUCAAGUCCUUCUCAGGGACUUCUUCAGCCUGUUUCCGACUGCAGAGAACUUGGCUUGACGUGAUUUGCUUUCUGGCACAGCUGCAGCCUCAACACACAUUUGCAUCUUAGCUUUUUGCCCCAUAAAAGAUACCUUAGUUGAUAAAUGCUAGGAAUUUAAAUAUAUCAUUUGGAGAUCAUAUUGAGUAACUCUGCAUGAAGUUGCGUAUGAGAAGAAAGUGGCGCUUAAGGGACAAAAAAGGCAAACUUUGCUUUCAGAGGGCCCCAGCUCAGAAGAGGCUGAUCUCCUGUGUGCAAGGGGAAACACACACUGGGGGGGUGGGGGGGUGGGCUGGAAUCCCUCCUUAAAAUGCGGCCUUCCAGUUGGAAUUUUUUUUAACCGCUUCUAGAAAAACACGGGCAUAUUUUUGUCACGAGUUUUUAAUUGACAAAUCUAAGCAAUGAGGCAACUAAAUAUUGCAGCCUUAAAAAUCAGAACUAUGCCUCUAGUUCUGGCCUGCAAAUGAUUCUCUUUUGUUUUAAAUUACAGAAAUAUGGAACAUAAAACUGGCAAAGUGUUUGUUUCCUUCUGAGGCCCUUUUGCUUCCUGGGAACUUCUGUUGGAGGGCCUUGUUCUCAUUUUUAGGGUUGAACCUAAUGUUAGUCCUACUAAGUAGACUUCAAUCGCAUUCAGUUCAGUGGGUCUACUCUAAGUAGGGCUAACAUUGGAUUCAACCUUUUUGCCAGAUCAAGAGCGCUACCAAUAGGCUUCUGAAAAAGGUUUUUGCUGGUGAGAUUUUAUAUACACAACAUUACCUAAUGCUUUAAUUAUCUAAGGGUAUUAUCGACCCUUUAAUUAUCUAAGGGUGUGAUCCUAUGCAUGCUUAGGCAGCAGGCAAUACCAUGAGCUGUUAUAGAACAUUUUUAAAACGUCUUUUGGGUGACCUAGAGAUAAGUUGUUAACAUAUUUUGCAUUUGGAUUGAGAAAGGAUGGAAAACGUUUUUAAUGACACUGUUGAGAUUGGCCAAAAUAAAGGGAUUUAUUUUCCUCUC